GUAUACUUGGCCACCAUGCCUUGCAACCGUGUGGAGUAUUCGUCACCGACGGGAAAACCUUCUCGCAACCGAUUCAAAACAGAAAUGUCAAAUUUUGUAAUAUUUUAUUUUUUGAACUUGUUCUAUACUUUGAACCACUGCUUGGCCUACACCCACUGGGUCGUCACUGAAACAGGAAAAAUAGUAGCCCAGGAGCAGUCUAUAUUUCAAAUGAACAGGCCUUACGACCUGGUGGAAUUUCUCAAUCAGGAAGAACGGGCGAACCGUAUUCUUCAACUCUUCGCUGAGAUGAAGCGUAGGAAAAGAGAGUUGAAUUUAAAAUGGCUCGAGCUGAACGCCGAAGUCGAAUUAGAAAAGCACAUAAACAUUAUCAACAAAGAAUGCCAGCAUUUGCAAGAUAUCGAUUUUUAUGACGAUGUUGUUGAAUAUGCUUUGGAUUCUCUUAACUACAAUGAAUUUAACGACCAAACUAAAACAAACAUUGAAAAUGAACUUGACUGUGCUGCUUUUACCGAUUUAGACUUCAGCAUGGCAACUUUUCCACAUUUAAAGGUUUUAACACAGCCUUGGAAUCUGUCGUGGGCUAGAGAGACCAAUAUUAAUGUGCCUUUGAGUCCCGGACAGAUUUACAAUGGUCUUAAUAAAAAUAAGACUUCUUGGUUUUUAUAUAAUUUAGCUUCAUUAUACUGGCGCAAGGUUGGAGAUAGUCAGAGAGCGAUAGACUGCAUUAAAAGAUCGGUUCACUUUGCUUCAAGGGAACAUAAAUACACUCCUUUGUUGAACUUAGGAGUUAUGUUGCAAAAAGCUCAGUGCAUGGCCGAGGCUGCUAUACUGCUGCACAGUUCAGUUGAUCAUGCACCUCGUAAUGCCAAAGGCCAUUUUGCCUUGGCUAAUGUGUACACGAUCCUAGGCGAUUAUGAAAGGUCCUUGGAUUGUUACAACAAUGCAUUGAAAAUUGAUCCUGAUUGGAGCAUGGCCAAAAACGCAAAACAGGCGAUAUUGUGCCAUAACAAAUUGAACCAUCAACUAAGUCGAUUAAGAGUUUCACUCAACAACAUAAAAACAGAAGUUCACCAGCUGACUGAAAUGCAGGAGAAUUUGAGGAAAGACCAAGAAGAAAUAUACAUAAAUAAUGAUUCUCCUCUUAAGAAAACCAUUUCACAAAUUUUAGCUCUCGAAGAAAAGUUCAACUCAGAAUCCUCCAGUGAUGAUUUUGCUACAAAAUCAUUUCAGCAUUACAACUUAUUUAGGCCAGUCGAUACAGACAGUUUAUCAUUGCAUAUACUUUUUACUAAAGUUCUAUCCCUUUCAAAUAAAAUAUCAGAGGAUACAUUACAAUUUCUACCGUUAAAAGACACCCGUGUACCUCUGAGAGAACGAUUAAAUAAUGGAAAAGAAAGCUGACACCUGUUGAUUGAUUUAUUAAUCAAUAAUUUGUCUCAUAAAAUUUGGUUUAAUUCUGGUCUCAUUAACCAAAAAGUAUCGAUCUGUACAAAGAAGAAGGAAAUUUCAAUCUUACCAACAGAUUUUGCUGAUACUGCAUUUAUUAAAUCUGCAAAGCAA